ACUUUCACAAAAUAAGCAAAAGCUCCGGUAAGACUUUCACAAAAUAAGCAAAAGCUCCUAGUAAUGCAGCAACUAGUACUAAACUUUAAACUUCCUUUUCCUGAUAUAGUUUCUCCACUAACCCUCUCUUGACUUUUUCUUUUUUAACUUCAUCACUUGUCAUUACAAACAUCAUGAAAACCUUCUUUCAUCAUCAGCUCCAUUACAACUUCUUCCUCCAGAAUGGGUCGUGGAAAGAUUCAGAUCAAGAAGAUAGAAAACUCGACAAACAGACAGGUCACUUACUCCAAGAGAAGAAAUGGUAUUUUCAAGAAAGCUAGAGAACUUACUGUCCUUUGUGACGCUAAGAUCUUUAUCAUCAUGUUCUCCAGCACCAAGAAAUAUCAUGAGUACACCAGCCCCAACACUACGACAAAAAAGAUGUUAGAUCAGUAUCAGAGUACACUUGGAGUUGAUAUUUGGAGCACGCAGUACGAGAAAAUGCAAGAAAACUUGAAGAGAUUGAAAGUGAUCAAUAACAAGCUAAGAAGAGAAAUAAGGCAGAGAACAGGGGAAGACAUGAGUGGCCUCAAUUUGCAGGAACUGUGCCAAUUGCAGGAGAGCAUCUCUGAAUCUGUAGCUGAGAUUCGUGAAAGAAAGUACCACGUGAUCAAAGGUCAAACAAACACCUUCAAGAAAAAGGUUAAGAACUUAGAACAGCAACAUGGAAACCUCGUACUUGACUUGGAAGCAAACAGUGAAGAUUCAAAGUAUGGUGUAGUGGAAAAUGAGGAGCAUUACAACUCUGCUGUGGCAUUUGCUAAUGGAGUACAAAAUCUUUAUGCUUUUCGUCUACAAUCGUUGCGCCCAAAUCUUCAAGACGAAGGAGGAUUUGGUUCUCGUGAUCUACGCAUGUCUUAAAGAUAUCCUUAAUAUUAAAUUACUUAUUCGAAUCAACUUCCCAAUGAUAUCUUAUUACUCAAAAAAAUUCAACUAUUGUAAGCUGCAAGCACUACUUAGCUUGAACGCACUUCAUUAUUCUAGGAGUUUCAACACCUCUAUAUAUGGUGAUGCCAAGGAAGAUGAAUUAUGAUACCUUGAACGCAUAUUGUUCUUUUUAGAAUGUUACGCAGCAUGCCUAUUCAUAUGUGA